CGCAGUCAGUUCGUCUUAAGUGUUUGAAGUGUAUAGACAUAAGUAUCGAAGAACUGGUUAUUUUAUCAAUUACGAGACAUACAUUUACUGUCUAUCUUAUUCGCAAGGUCGUGGUCAUUUCACAAUGUUGUUAUUAUUAUACGCAAUAAUUGUGACUCUGUUUUUGCUGUACGAGCGUUUGAAGCACAAAGACGAUUAUUUUGUGAGAAAAGGGAUACCGUUUUUGAAGCCAGCCUUUCUGUUUGGAUCCAGACAUGAUUUACUGUUGCGAAACCGACCUCUAACGGAAACGAUCAGAAAUUGGUACAAUGAAUAUCCGGACGCGAAAAUGAUUGGUCUAUUUGAGUUUUCGACACCGACAUUUGUGGUUCGUGAUCCGAAAUUACUGAAAAAGCUGACGGUGAAGGAGUUCGACUCAUUUGCCGAUCACAAAAGUUUCAUAGGUGAAGAUGUUGAUCCAUUGUUUGGUAGGGCAUUGUUCAGUCUACAAGGGCAGAAGUGGAGAGAUAUGAGGGCGACAUUAUCACCAGCAUUUACAGGAAGCAAGAUGCGUCAGAUGUUUGAAUUUGUCAGUUCUGUUGGUCAACAAGUUGCUACUACUCUGAAAACACAAAUAGAGAAUGGCGGUGAGAGCUGCUUCGAAUUCAAGGAUCUGGCAAGAAAAUUUACGGUUGAUACGAUUGCUACGUGCGCUUUCGGCAUCGAGGUCAACAGUUUCGCACAUCCAACAAAUGAUUUUCAUCGAAUCGCUGGGAAGGUGGCGAACUUCAGUUCAUUCCUCACUACAUUGAAAUUCGUUGGAUAUUUUGCGGCACCAAAGUUGAUGCGCGCACUAAAAAUUAAGUUCUUCGAUGAAGAGACUACCGAGUUUUUCCAGAAAGCUAUCAACGAGACUAUGAGGAUUCGAGAACGUGAUGGGAUUAUUCGGCACGACAUGAUCAAUUUGCUGAUUCAGGCCAAACAAGGCAAACUGACGCACGAAAAAGAAUUGGAAACUAAGAAGACUGUUGAAGGGUUCGCCACCGUUGAGGAAUCACAAGUCGGAAAGAAUGCAGUUACCAGAAAGUGGGAAGAUGACGACUUGUAUGCACAGUGCUUCAUCUUCUUCUUUGCAGGAUUCGAUACUGUAUCGACUGUGAUGACUUUCAUGGCUUACGAACUUAUGGUCAAUACUGAUGCACAAAGGAAACUUCAGGAUGAAAUCGACGAAAUGAACGGAGCGCUUGACGGGAAAAAAGUUAAUUACGAACAGAUUCAAGGAAUGAAGUACAUGGAUCAAGUUGUGUGUGAAACACUAAGGCUCUGGCCUCCAGCUCCAGCAGUAGAUAGGCUUUGUGUAAAGGAUUACGAAAUACAGUACGACGAUACUAAGUUUAUGAUGGAAAAAGGAAAGAACUUUUACAUCCCGAUAUACGGUAUUCAUCAUGACGAACGCUACUUCGAAAAUGCGGAAAAAUUCGAUCCGGAGAGAUUCAGCGAGGAAAAUCGUCGAAAUAUUGAUCCGGACACGUACAUACCUUUCGGUCUUGGCCCCAGAAACUGUAUCGGUUCUAGAUUCGCUCUGAUGGAACUGAAAACGAUCAUUUACUAUUUGCUGCUGAACUUCGAUUUUGUGCCGACGGAAAAAACUCAGAUUCCGUUAAAGCUCUCAAACAAUCCAACACAAUUGCAGGCAGAGAAAGGAGUUUGGGUUGGAUUUAAACCGAGAAAGUGAAAGUUUCAAUUGGUGCUAUCAUCUGUUCGUAGCCAAAAAAAUCUUUACAUUUUAUAGUACCAGUGUCAUUGUAUGUACAGUGAUGGAAAAAUGAGAGUGUUCAUGUUUUCUAUUGAUUACGAGAUAAUUUUCAUUUUUGAAUUUGUUGUACGAUGACAUAAAUUGUACUAAAAACAAAAACAAAAAUUGUAUUUUACCGUCUGACUAUUAUUGGUCCAUCUGCCACGAGUAAAAAAUAAAUUGUACUAAA